UCUUCAUUAUUUUUAUGUUGCUAUUCUACAGCCGCCAUUUUUUUACUUUCUCGUUUGUUUUUAAUGACGACAGGCGCCCCUCCAAGGCUUGAUAAGGCAGCAGAAACACCUUCUGCAGAUGUGACAGCGACGCUCCGCCAGAUCAAAUCCGAUCUCGCCGCCCAGCGAGGGAUGGCACCCGAUGAACCAACCGACGCCUGCCACACGGGUGGGCGCUACGACUGGGACCUCAACGACAAGACUGAACGCCGGUGGUGCACUGACUGGUUGCUCCAGGUCAUCAAGUGGGCAACCAGGCGCCACGAGACCACGGAAAACGACGAGUGGGAGGAAAUCAUGGACCAGGCGGGGUUGCUGCUAUCAGAGUUGUCUGGGAAGAAUACCUCAGGUCCGGUCCAGCGACGCGUGUCGCUUUGGCUGUCUAAAGGCGAGAAGCUGCCCGGAGGCAUACAUAUACACGAGCCAAGCAUGAUGCAGGCCGAUGUCGGUGGCCAGACGUGGGGAUCGGCUAUUUUGCUGGCACGCCGGAUUAUGCGACGCCAGAUCAACAUUGAGAGCUACAAAAACUGCAUCGAGCUUGGAAGCGGCACGGGUCUGCUCGGGCUGGCUGUGGGAAAGGUGCUGCAGGCAUUUGGCGCCACCGUGGCGAUGACAGAUUAUCUGCCAGUGCUUCUGCAUGCCAUCGAGAAGAGCGCCCGCAGCAACGGGCUCUUAAAGGACGGGACAGUGGUUCCGAUGCACUUGGACUGGUUCGAGAUGGUGGCUGAUAUUAUUACAAACAAAGGCGCUGGCGCCUUUACAAGGGAGACCACAGUUUCUGUCCCCGUUGCUCACUACAUGUCUGUCGACGAGCGUCAGCUUGCCGGCUGCCCCGAAUGGCAUGGGCGCGACAGCAUUGACUUUACCCAAAGUAAAUCUCGCUUUGAUCUGAUCAUUGCUGCUGACGUGCUCUACGAGAUCGAGCAAUGUCGCGCCAUCCCGCUGCUGGUCGACCACUUCCUGUCCAAUGCGCCGAGCGGCCCUGCUGGGUCUAUGCCCAGGUUUAUUGUGACGACCCCGCUGCGGAGCAUGCGUCGGGCAGAGAUCACUGAGUUUGAGGGCGAAAUGGCGAAGAUUCCCAGCCUGCAUUUGGUUUCUGCAGAUGACGUAUCGCGCGCCGAUGAUAUGAUCGCGUGGCGGUCUGCAGUGUGCGAGAAUGUGGGCAGUGAUUUACUUGGCUACGACCACGGCUUUUUAAAGGCCUUUGAGGAGGAUCUGGGCGAUUCCAAUGAAUACCGUACAUACAUUUUUGAGCGGCGCAAGUAGCCAUCACCACCAUUUUUCUUUAACGAGCCGACAGAAAAAAGUAAAAAAUGCUCAAUUGAUAUGCACAAUGUCCACGCUAUUUUUUUGCCUUUGUGUGCGGACCUGUUCCAAUGUAAAAAAUGACCAAAAAGAAAUGUGGACGGGUGGGAGCGUAAGUGGAAACGGAAAAACGAUCUCAAAAGGUGAAUCCGUGCUUGUUUCGGGUAGCAAGCACAGUUCAAUUUUGCGAAAUGAUCCAAAAAAUUGAAAAAGAACAAAAGGGUCUUUAGCACCUGGCGUCCUCGCAAAUUAAAUUCGUGCAAG